GGGAGAUAAGAUAACAGAAAUCGAACCGCCCCCGGCCGUUGGAAGCAGGAGCAGGAAUACGCUGCUGGUGCAGCUGCUGUUAGCGAAUGGACAUACAACAUGGACGAUCCGCGGGAUGUUCAAACUUCCAAGAAAAAUGGGGGCUCCAGGUCAUUGUUUUUGGCCGGCUCCGCGGUGGAUAUGGAGAUUAAACGAAAGAAAAUACGACAGAGUACUUUAUUCCUACAAACAGAGACAACUAACAUACAGGAGAAACUUGACUUUGAGAUGCGAAUGCGAGAGGGGGCCUACAAGCUGCUGCUCGCUUGCAGUAAGAGAGAACAGGUACUAAAUGCUUCCAAGAACAUGUUUACCUGCAACGCCCGGAUAAAGGCAUAUCUCUCUCAGCUGCAGAAGAAAACAGAGGAAGAGGACAUGAUGGGGGGAGUCGGCAGACCAUCAGAUCUAAUUUCAGGUGACCGUUUGCCCUGUAAUGGAACAAUUGCUUUGUCAGGGCUCCGCAUACCUUUGAUGUGGAGGGACUCAGACCACUUUAACAACAGAGGGAGUUCUCGCAGGGUGGCUGUGUUCUGUCUGAUGCAGAUUGGCUCAGAAGUGUUUGACACUGAAAUGGUGGUGGUGGAUAGAUCAGUCACUGACAUCUGCUUUGAGGGAAUCACCAUCUUUAAAGAAGCAGUUCCUCAGUUUGAGCUGAAGGUGGAGCUGUGGAGCUGUGCCCUAGAGGAGGAGCUCACAUUGGUAAACACGCCAAAGAAACUGGCUAAGAAGCUCCGCAACUCCUUUGGAAAGAGCUCUGGGAAGAAGCUCUGCUCUCUGCUGGACACUCCAGACCCUGACACCUUCCUACAGCACAACCCAAUACCGUCUGGAGCCAAAUACAGCCUGUUGGCCUACACAACACUGUGUCUGCCCGAGGCUGAAGGCAGCUUUCAGUCUCACUCCCUUAUUGUCCUCCAAGAUGCUGAGUGGUCCUCUUGGCUUCCACUUUAUGGUAACCUCUGCUGCCGGUUAGUGGCUCAGCCUGCCUGUAUGACACAGACCAUGAUGGUUGGUUACCUGAGCCAGAAGCAAAGUGGGGAAGGCAUGAACCGCUGCUGCAGUCUUUACUGCGUGCUGAGUGCCGGCUUUUUGUCUUGUUUCUUCACUCCAGAAGAAAUUGAUGCUAAAAUACAACCCAUUCUCAAAGUGCCCAUUAAUAAGGACACCCGGAUCCGAGUGUUGGAGAAGGAAUUGGCAGGCCACAAAUCUAGGAGUCUGUCCAUCAUUAACCCUUCACCAGAGGGAUCGCAGUCCAUCGUCUUCACCACAGACACCAGGGAAGCGCUGGAGGACUGGGUGGAAGCCCUCCACCAGCACCUUUAUGAUCAGAGCCAGUGGAUGCACUGCUGUGACCAGCUAAUGAAGAUCGAGGUCGCAUCUCCACGGAAACCAUCGCUUUUUCUCUCUAAGCAAGCAGACUCUGUUUACAACGACCUGAGUAUAAAUUCACCUGGCAAGUUUGAGAGCAUCACUGAUAUUAUCCACAAUAAAAUUGAGGAGACAGAUGGGCACUUCCUUAUUGGCCAUGAAGAGGAGAAAGAGGCACCUAACUGGUCCAGUCUGUUUGAUGGUUCCCAUUCAGUGGUAGUGCAGAAGGGUAUUCUGUCCCAGAGCAAAACCUCCACCCCUUAUUCGAGCCCCAAUCCCAGCAACAGCAGCUGUACUACCAACAGCAGCAAGAAGCGACGCGCUCCACCUCCUCCCCCUGACAGAGAGCCUUAUGUUGCUCCCACCCGCCCAGCCAGACCUCCUCUCCCUGCCUCUCUUGAUCAGCACCCUCCUCCCUCAUACCAGGAGAAAGAGAAUUCUAGCACUAGCACUUCACGUCCAACCACAAGGUCCAAAACAGGCAGACCAUCUCUGGAUGCCAAGUUUUCUGCCAUCAUCCAGCAGCUCCAGCGGAAUAAUGCUGGAGGAGCCACCGCCUCAAGUCGAAAAAAUGCUCCUCUGGGUGUGCUCAAUGUACACCCACAAGGUCAGCCCCAGCCCCCCCUCCAGCAGCUGGACUACCAAAACCACCCCACCCAGACCCCUGAGUCCAAAGCUGAUCAUGGCUUUGUGAGAGCCUCUGAUGGUCCUGGUCCUGUUCCCGCACCACGGAGCAAACUGAGAAAGUCUUUCAGAGAGAGGAUGAACCUUAAAGCGUUGUAACCCCAACCUUAGAUCAGAUCUACAGUGAGCUAACCCACAGAUGAAAUUAAAAGCUGAAUGCUGGCUUAUACACCACUACCACCAUCAUCAAUUGCACUAAAAUGGAAAGGCUUAUUUCUUUGCUCUGCCACUGGAACAUGGAUUGAAGAAAGAGCUUUUGAAAAGGCGCCCAAAUUGGAAUUGAUCCAUUGGCCGACUGAGGACGAGUCAUUCCUUUUGGAACUAUUGACUUAUUCUACUUACUGUGAUGACUUUAUGACCACUCUAGCUGAUUUUAAGGAACAGAAUUUUAAGAGCAAUUGCAGGCACUAAUGUGACAUUCCCCUGAGGUCUUAAUAAUAGAGUGACCUUGGUUUUCAGUGGCUACACAGUAUGUCCAACAUAAUUUAACACUACAGCCAAUAUAUGCUAUGAAAAUUAUUGAAUGAAUGAGUCUUUUGAGUAGCUGAAAUAAUGAAUGCCCUUGUGUGUGUGUUUUGAACAUAUCCAAUACUGCCAGCCACUAAAUAUCUCAGCCACUUAGUGAUAUUGUGUUGAAGAAUGGCCGUCAUAAUUACACACAGUGUGCAAAACAUUAGACUUUGCUCCCUUAACAACCCAGUUAAGGCAUUAUAGUGAAAGCUGCAGUCCCUGUUUUCUUAAAUCUCACCCUCCAUAUCCUGUUUAAUUUAGAGGGGAAAAUGUAAAUUUAGGGGGAGGUGGAUUAUAGACGGGUUUAGUUUAAGCCUUGAAAGAGAAAAAGGGAGAGAAGAGUACAGAAAGCGCUGGAGCUUGAUUUUUAGCAGUGUGUCAAAUGCUUUUUGUUUGAUGUGUAUUACUGAUGCAUUAGUCACUUUGAUCUUGUACUGUAUACACUUGGAAACAUAAGAGAGGGUUUGAGGCUAGAACAGCACACCAUCAGUUUUCGCUGAUGAGAACAGUGGUUAUGUCUCAGACCCCAUGAUUAUCAAAAUAAUUACAUUGCACGUCCCACAUCCCCCCCUAUCAACAUCUUGGCCAUUUUCAGGUACACUAGGUAUGCUUGAGAAGUGCAUAGAAGCACCACUAGCAGGUACUCUGAAAGCUGUGUUAUUUUGGACAACUGACUGUGUAGCCCUGGUGAAACUAAUUGCAUGAAAAGAUAGUAUCUUAUAACGGAGCCGAAUUUGCAUUUAUUUUAUGAAUUUAUAAUCAGUUUAUAUGAAUAAAAACAGCAUCGUAAAUUUGUAGUUGUUUUUUUUAUACUGUUUUUGAUCAAAUUAUUUUGUAGUUUUUUUACAUUAGUAUUGUCCUCUGAUCUCAAUGUUUGUUGUUUAGCAUGUUAAUUAUUUUGACUUUUAGUGGCACUUAAUUUUAUGUAUUGCAACAUAGCUAUUCAUUAAUCGUGUCCCACUGCAGUGUAAUUUGUGUAUAGUGCAAUGUUAAAAAAAUAUUGUAGUUAAUGUUUCUCAAAAGGUGCAAUUUUCUUCUCACUCUGUUGUCUUGGAAGCUCACCGUGUUUUUUAUGAUUGCUGAUCUGCAAUAAAACGGCCUACAUUCCA